AUGAAGCUCAGCCAGAUGUUUUAUUGCAGAUUAUGUCAGAAUAGGAGAACACUGGCUGUAUCAGCAGAAAGAAUAAAGCUGGUUAUCAUAGCCCACAAUGGCUUAAAGUUCUGGAGCACAGGGGAGCAUUGCAUCCAGAAUUAUGGAAAACUCUGGGUAGCUGCCGAUGCUAUUUCUGUGGAAACUACGCAGGAAGUCCUUCGGGCUGCUAGAGGCAAGAGUGUCACCCUCCCAUGUACCUAUAUCACCUCUGCUCCAGACCGAGACGGACUUAUUCAGUGGGAUAAGCUGCUCAGGAGUGAAACGGAAAGAGUGGUCACAUGGACUUUUGAGAAGCAAAACUAUGUUUAUGGGCCCCGUUAUGAUAACCGGGUGAAGAUAUCUAAUGAUGUCCAGCUGUCAGAUGCCUCCAUCACCAUUGACCAGCUAACCAUGGACGACAACGGCACCUACGAGUGCUCCGUCUCACUCUUGUCAGACUUGGAAGGUACCUCCAAGGCUCGGGUCCGCCUCUUGGUCCUUGUGCCACCCUCCACGCCGGCCUGCGGCAUCGAAGGGGAGACAGUGAUUGGGAAUGACAUCAAGCUGACAUGCCUGUCUGCAGAGGGCUCUCCGAGCCCACAGUACAGCUGGAAGAGCUACAAUGCCCAGAACCAGCCGCGGCCGCUCACCCAGCCAGCCUCAGGCCAGCCCUUGAUUCUGAAGAACAUCACAACGGAUAUGGCCGGGUACUACGUCUGCACCUCCAGCAACGACGUCGGGGUAGAGUCCUGCAACAUCACCGUGGCUCCCAGACCUCCUUCCAUGAACAUUGCGCUGUAUGCUGGCAUUGCGGGGGGCGCAUUUGGGGCCCUCAUCAUCAUUGGUAUCAUCGUCUACUGCUGCUGCUGUCGGGAAAAGGAUGAGAAAGCUGAGGACGCAGAGGACACAAGGCCGAACCGAGCUGCUUACCAAGAGCCUCGAGAGCAGCGGACAGAAGUUUCCAGAGGGAGGGAAGAUGAACAGGACUACAGGCAUGGGGACCAGAGGAGCUCAGGGCGUAGCUCUCCAGAGCAACCCUUCCAGUAA